CCUUUGCUCAGGUGUAGCAGAAGGAAAGGUUCUCUAUGCCUAAAAGCUGCAAACGAUGGAAGAAUGGUGAACAAAGAAAACAGCAACUUUUAAAGGGCUACAUACCCUUCCAUUUGCCUACAUUUUUAAGUGCACAAUUAAAACCCAGGGCCAUGUCUGAACCUAAGCUACUACGGAGACCUUUACCUCCAAAGGUUGAAACUGAACGGCUUACCCCUAAAAGGAAAAGCUAUAAAGGUACUCUUAAGGAAGAUGAGGAACUCCUCAGGAGGUUUGGAACAGAUGAUACCUACCUUCCACUGACACCUGUGAAGAGCCAGCAACCGAUUUAUUUGUGUUUUCCAGACUAUGAUUUGGGAACUGAGCUUCCAGGCCUUAUGAACAGAAGCUGUGCUAUUCCUCCACAAUUUAGUGGCCCUCCCAGAUUCCCAUCACAGAAAAGUCCCAUACCUUCUCGGUUUCGGAUUUCUGCUCUGAGACCGCAUCCCUUGGAUUUUGCAUCUGGUUUCAUGCUACAGGGUCUGACCAUAGUCACCUGUCUUCCUCCAAAGUUUCCCAGAUCAGUGGCUAAAAAGCCGAUUCUUUCUCGCUGUAACUAUGAGGUGCUCACGAGCCAGCUGAUUGCUGAAGAAAGAAGAGGGCCACAGCAAGUCAACACCCUAUUAUUUUCCUAUGAGGACUUGCCCUAUGUUGGACAGAGGAAACCUGAGAGGCAAAUGCUUUUAGAAAAGAUGCUGGAGCAGAAGAUACUCUUUGGUGAGGAGGAGAGUGUCCUGGGUGAGGAUGAGGAGCAGGGCGUCCUGGGUCGGAGGAAGAGCUUCCUGGUUGGGGAACAGAAGGAGAAAAAAAAGAAAAGAGUGACCUAUGCACCAGAAUCAGGGCACGACUUGGAUUUUUCUGCAUCCAUUGUCUCUGGCACUGCAUACAAGCCUAAAUUGCGUUCGGAGGAUGAGGAGAGUCAGUUAAUGGCAAAGGCUGAGACGGCAGUUCUUGGCUGUCUAAUGCAUGAAAAAACUGGACUGAGUCUUAAGGCUUUUUUCCUGACUCGACUUCCAGACCUCUCACCUCUGGCUGACUUUUUGUUGUACCUUAACUUGUCAUUCAAUUUCUUGUACUUCUUUCCUCAGGAGGUGUUUUGCCUUAAACAUUUAGAAAUUCUAAAGCUUCGGAACAAUCCCAUCAGAUUCAUCCCAGAAGAAAUAAGCCAAAUGAAGAGCCUUAAAUAUUUGGUCAUGUCCUUCAAUUUGCUGACUACUCUUCCACCUGGGCUGUUCACAUUGACAAAUCUUGAGGGUCUUGAUAUUUCCUAUAAUGAAUUUGAAAGCAUUCCUAAUGAGAUUGGAAAUCUCAGUAAACUGACUUAUCUCAGUCUAGAAGGGAAUCUACUCUACGUGUUGCCUUGUGGGGUUUUGAAGCUUCAACUGAGCUGCCUCAAGGUGGAAAAUAACUUCUUACACCCCUACUUCUGGAACGACAUCUGCAAGCUUGAGCCUCAACGACUCACUGACAUGGCGGCUCAUUGCUUUGCCAAGCACAGUCUGUGGGAAAUCUAUCAUGAGAUCCCAGCAGACAUCCAAGAGAUUUUGUGCAACUCCACCGUCUGUGAUUGCUGCACGGGACUGUUGUACGGAAAAGGCCUUCGUUUCAUCUACAUUUAUAAGAACAACUAUGGGCUUAGGCUUCCUUAUCUCUUUCGCGCCUGUUCCCCAAACUGCUAUAGGGACUACAUUGCGGCAGCUUCCUCGGGCUGAGGAAUGGCCAUAUCUCUGCUGAUGGAAGCAGGAACCAAGCUGGUCACUUGAAGAAUAAAGAAGCAAACACAGAUCGCAUGCAACUCCAUGUCCUGGUCAGAUAAUUCUUAGGAUGCUGCUUCAAUGCAAAAAUCAGGCAGAACAGGCUGUGUGUUUCCUUGUCAGUUAGAUACCCCAUAUAAUGAAGAAGGGUCAUAGCAGGGUUUCUUCUGUAUUUUUGUGGUUUAAUUUUAUGUAUUUGAAACUGUAGGUACAUUGCUUUUUCAUAUAUAUUUUUACAGCAGCAAUCUGCUCAUCCACUAAGUAACUACUGAAACAAUGUACAGUAUCAGAAUAACUAUUGAAACAAGAGUAUCAGUUGGUCAUCGUAAUAGUAAAGAAUCAAUGCUCAAUUAGAAGCUCCAUUUGGUGGCGAGCAAUCUAAAUUUUUACCAAACUGUGUAUACAUAACAAUGGAGUGAUUUAACAAGCUUGACAUGGUUACAUCCAGUGGCUUAAUUAUAUAUCUCACAUCUACAGUGGUGCUUUUCAUGCUAUAUCACCUGCCUCUCCAGAACACAAUAAAGUGUAAUUUACUAAUAUGUAACUUGAUGGCAUCCUUUUGCUGUGGGACAACUGUAAGGAGACAGCAGAUCUCUCACAUACCUACACCUGCAUGUGCUUGUACACUCACAUAUUCAUU